AUAGGUCAGUAGUAUUCUACCUUAUGAAAAGGUAUUUGUACAUAAGUUUUUUACAAACAGAAUCCAUUUUUGGUGAAUCAGUGAAACUUUAUAAAAAUAAGUGUACAUAAUAUUUUACACAGCUGUUAUUAUACAUUUUAAAGAUUAUAAAAACAACGAUUCAAUUAUUGUACAGUCGUUAUUCGUAAAUUUUCUCAUUGAAAAUGUCUAAAGCAACAAAACGUAAACACGUUGUGAAAGAAGUGGAAGACUUUAGUUUUCCAACAGAAUCUCAAUUGAUCGUCAAAGUUGUUGGAUCGCGCGGCAAUAAUCUUCAUGAGAUUAUAAACUCAGUUGGUGAACAAUACCUCGUAUCAAUGCCAGUGAAAUUUAGGCGACACAUUUGGAUUAAAUCGGGAGACUUCGUAUUAGUUGAACCGAUUGCGGAAGGUGGUAAAGUUAAAGCAGAAAUAGUCAAGAUUUUAACACGAGAACAUAUAAAAUGGUACCGUGCACAGAAAUGUUGGCCAUUAGAAUUUGAUGAAAUUAAGAAUAAAAAGCAACCUAUCAAAACAAUAAAAAAUAACAGCGACGACGAAGAAGAAGAAGAAGAAGAUAACGAUGACGAUCUUUUUGUAAAUACUAAUAGGAUAAGAACUAAUGUUUCUGAUACGUCGUCGAGUGAUUCAGACACGAGUUCCGAUGAAUCUAAUUAAUAAUUAAUUUAAGAUAUUAAACCUCAAAAGUCUAAAACUUGUAUAUAAAUUAAAUGUAUCAUUGUUUAUAGUGUUACCACCACCAAAUCCAAUGAAUAAAUUUCUUAUUUUAUUACAAUAA